AUGGGCGUACCAAUGGAUUAUAUGUUUAUGCAUCAGAAAUGUGAGUUUUAAAUUUACACAACAUUUUACCUGGUUGAGAAAAAAAUUAUGACUUCAAGAUUUUUACAAAAAGCUUUGAACUUGAAAAACAUUUUUGAGAUAAAAAAUACUCAAAUGUUGUUUUUUCCAGGUGUCGAUCACAAGUCUAUUUUUUUCAACAGUUCUGAUUGGACAUUCAUUGGUGUCCCGUUGAAUAGAGCUGGACCAAUCAAUGGAUUAUAUGUCAGAAAUGUAAGAUUUAUAUUUAUAUUAGUUAGUUGAGUUGGGAGUUUUGUUUUCUGAUUUCAUACAAUUUUCAAAUCCUCUAAUAAUUUCAGGUUAUUCUGGAGGAGUUCAUGGCGAAAAGCGGAAGUUAUGGCGCGGAAUUCGAAAUCACAGCAGAUGCAUUCAACAUACUCCGCACAAUUCGACAUGCUGCUAACAGUUUGGACACCAAUGCAAUGCUCCGAACUGGCUGA